AAAUAUUAUUUCAUCCUUCCAAAAUAAGUGUCACUUUAGCUCGAGACUUAAAAUUCAAUAAAGCGUUAAUGUACUCACUUCCGUAGGCAAAAUAUUAUUUCAUCCUUUGCAAAAUAAGCCUGUUCAUUCCGACGAUGACUUCCUACCCAGCUACUAUAAACCCGACCCGAACCCGAAUAGGAUGGAUAGGAACCGGCGUAAUGGGCGGCGCCAUGGCUGCUCGCCUUCUCUCCGGUGGCUAUUCCGUCACAAUCUACGCUCGAAAUCCUUCUAAAGUUGUUCAUCUUCAAUCACAGGGUGCGCUUCUUGCUGAUUCCCCAUCUGAUCUUGCGGGUAAUAGUGAUGUUAUUUUCACUAUGUUGGGACACCCAUCAGAUGUUCGACAAAUUGUCUUAGAGAGUUUGAUUUCAUCUCUUAAUCCUAAUAGCAUUAUUAUUGAUCAUACCAGCAGUCACCCAGUCCUCGCUAAGCAAAUCUUUGAUGCCGCCCGAGAGAAGAAUAGCUGGGCUGUUGAUGCCCCUGUGUCUGGAGGAGAUAUUGGGGCGAGGGAAGGGAAAUUGGCAAUUUUGGCUGGUGGAAAUGAGGAUGUGGUGAAGUGGUUAAACCCUUUGUUUGAUGUGUUGGGUAAAGCGACAUUUGUGGGUGGACCAGGAAAGGGACAAAGCUGUAAAAUUGCGAAUCAGAUUGUUGUUGGGGCGAACUUGAUGGGUUUGAGUGAAGGAUUGGUGUUUGCGGAGAAGGCGGGGUUGGAUAAGAGGAAGUUUGUGGAGGCAGUGAAGGGAGGAGCAGCUGGUUCUAUGGUUAUGGAGUUGUUUGGAGAAAGAAUGAUUGGGAGAGACUUAAGGCCUGGUGGGUUUACAGAGUACAUGGUAAAGGAUUUGGGAAUGGGUUUAGAUGUUGGAGCAGAGGAGGGUGACGACGUUGUGGUUUUGCCUGGUGCUGCAUUGAAUAAGCAGCUGUUUUCUGCUAUGGUUGCUAAUGGAGAUGGGAAGCUUGGCACUCAAGGGCUUAUUACUGUUAUAGAGAGAAUCAAUGGCAAGUGAAAAUUACGAAAUCUUAAUCUUGUGCCAAUGUUCUUGUUGACUUGGGCAUCUUUGCAUCUCAUCAGUUGCAGAAGCGGACGUCAGCUGUGGAUAUAGACUAGGCUAUAAGGAACGGAGUCGCCUCAGCUGUAUUGGUGAGUUUUGUUUUGGCUAUGCUUAGUAUUGUGUGACACUACAAUGCUGGAUUAGUCAGCCAUUAUUUCUUGAUGAAUGAUGGUUUUAGGCUGCCAUUUAUGCUGUACUCAGUUUCAGUGCAGUGCUAUUUGAAAUAUGGUAUCAUUUCUACAUUGAUAAUCUCACUAACAGUAUGGCAAAGUUAAGGUAUCUCAAUUUUGAUUUUCAGUCCA